AUGAACCCCCUGAUGCAGGCUCCAUUCCUCAUCUCCCUGGGCUUGCUUCUCGCCGGCCCAGCAGCUCCUGCACGCAUCCUCUCGAAGGCUCUCCAGGCUCUUGGUAGCGUUUCCUGGGAUAACUGCGAUGAGGGGAAGGACCCUGCGGUGAUCAACAGCCUGACUGUGGAACCUGACCCCAUUGUCGUUCCCAGGAACAUGACCAUCAGUGCUGAGGUCAGGACCACUGUGGACCUCAAAGAUCCUCUGAAGGUGGUAUUAACUCUGGAGAAUGAAGUGGCUGGCUUUUGGGUCAAAGUCCCAUGUGUGGAGCAACUUGGUAGCUGCACCUACGAGAACUUCUGUAAUGUGCUUGAAAUGUUAAUUCCCCUUGAGAAUCCCUGCCAAGAACCCCUGCACACCUGUGGGCUUCCCUGUCACUGUCCCUUCAAAGAAGGCACCUACUCACUACCCAAGUCUGACUUCUUCCUGCCUGACGUGGAGUUGCCCAGCUGGCUCAGCAGUGGGAAGUACCAGUCGGAGAUCAUCCUAAGUAGCAACGGGAAGCGUCUGGGCUGUGCCAAAAUCUCUGCCUCCCUAAAGGGCAAAUAA